AUGGACUUCGAAUUGGAACCUACGCUUGAGUCGAUUAUCCAGCAGGACUCCUUGAAGUGGAUUUUCGUUGGAGGUAAAGGUGGUGUCGGUAAAACCACCACGUCAUCUUCGGUAGCAGUGCAGUUGGCAUUGGCAUACCCAAAUGACCAAUUUUUGCUUAUUUCCACCGACCCAGCUCACAACUUGUCGGAUGCUUUCUGCCAGAAGUUUGGUAAGGACGCCAGAAAAGUGGAGGGUUUGCCUAACCUCUCGUGUAUGGAGAUCGACCCAGAGGCUGCCAUGACCGACUUGCAAAACCAGGCCCAGCAGUACAAUAACGACCCCAACGACCCAUUGAAGAGUAUGAUGGGCGACUUCACGGGCUCCAUUCCAGGUAUUGAUGAGGCCUUGUCGUUCAUGGAGGUUUUGAAGCACAUCAAGAACCAAAAGGCUGCUGAUGAACAGACUGACAGCAAUGCCGUUUCCUACAAGACCAUUAUCUUCGACACUGCCCCUACCGGCCACACUUUGAGAUUUCUUCAGUUGCCUGCUACUUUGGAGAAGUUGUUGGGCAAGUUCCAGGCUUUGUCUGGCAAGCUUGGACCAAUGAUGAACAUGUUGGGAGGUGGUGCUGGCCAGCAACAGGACAUGUUUGCAAAGUUGAACGAGAUCCAGAAGAACGUUAGCGAGGUCAAUGAGCAAUUUACCAACCCAGACUUGACGACGUUCGUGUGCGUGUGUAUCUCCGAGUUUUUGUCGUUGUACGAGACCGAGAGAAUGAUCCAGGAAUUGAUGAGCUACAACAUGGAUGUGAACUCCAUUGUGGUGAACCAGUUGCUUUUCGCCGAGGAGGACGACUGUAAGAGAUGUCAGUCACGUUGGAAGAUGCAGAAGAAGUACUUGGACCAGAUGGGUGAAUUGUAUGAGGACUACCAUUUGGUAAAGAUGCCAUUGCUUGGAGGCGAGAUCCGAGGUGUGGAGAACUUGAAGAAAUUUUCCAAGUUUCUUUUAAAGCCAUAUGAUCCGAAGGUGGACAAGGACGUUGUGUUUGAGUUGGAGGAAGCCAAAUAA